GAUAUUAGCGACGUGUUCCUGCCGGGAGGAGAGAAUGGUUCAGUACCCGUAUACGAUACAUGUGACGAGAUACGCGGAAGACCAACGCGUAUCUCAGGAAGCCCAGAGUUACACAGGCGCAGUUUUGCCGUGGUAUUUGCGCCCACUAACAUUCAGGCCUUUCAGCUAACUCGGUUCCGCUCUGCUAAGGGUCAUAGAGCUGGCACGAAGUCUAUUAUUUUCUAUGGUGCUUACGUGAUUUUCGAGGAGAUCCGCAUCAAACAGGGCAAAUGCAAGAGCAAAUACAGGCAGGAAAUAGAUAGGCUAUGA